UUUUUUCACAUCGAUAAAACGUCGUCGUUCAUGUGUUUCAUAUAGACCAGUAAACCAGUAAAGCCAUUGCCAAUUUCGCAAUAACAGGCAGAAAGCUAUUUGCACGCGCUCCUCGUUUUAUUAUCCCGGCUAGGCGGCUCCAUUAUGCUUAAAUCAAGCUUCGCUCCCAUUUUCUCAACCUUUCCCGCCAAAAGCCUAUCGCCGCCGAAGCCACCGCCGGGCACUAUCUUCACCUGCUUCGCACACACUGCGCCAACUGUUCGACAAAAUGCCUCAACCAAAACCCCCGCCACCAUUCUCCCGCUUCCCACUUCCGCCUACAUCCACCUCCCUUUCUGCCGGAAGCGCUGCCACUACUGCGACUUCACAAUCGUCGCCCUCGGCUCUGCUUCCACCCAAACGGACGACGACCCGCGAAUGACAAACUACGUCCAGUUACUCUGCCGAGAAAUCAACGCCACGAAAGUCGAAAAUAAGACCAACCCGCCUCUGGAGACGGUGUUUUUUGGCGGCGGCACGCCGUCUCUUGUGCCGCCAAAGCUCGUUAAUUCCGUUUUAGAGACGUUGAGGUUGAAAUUCGGGUUGAGUUUGGAGGCUGAGGUGUCGAUGGAGAUGGACCCGGGGACUUUCGAUGCGAAGAAGAUGAGGGAAAUGAUGGAGCUGGGUGUGAAUAGGGUGUCAUUGGGAGUUCAGGCGUUUCAGGAAGAGCUGUUGAAAGCUUGUGGGAGAGCUCAUGGUCUUAGGGAAGUCUACGAGGCUAUGGAGAUUGUUGGGGAAUGUGGGGUUGAGAACUGGAGCGUGGAUCUUAUCUCUUCUCUGCCUCACCAGACCCCGGAAAUGUGGGAGGAGAGCUUGAGGCUGACGGUUGAAGCUCGUCCAACCCAUGUUUCGGUUUAUGAUUUGCAAGUCGAACAAGGCACGAAAUUCGGGUUGUUGUACACACCGGGGGAGUUCCCGUUGCCUUCGGAAACACGGUCAGCUGAGUUUUACAAGAUGGCGUCUAGGAUGCUUUCAGAUGCGGCUUACAACCACUACGAAAUUAGCAGUUACUGCAAGAGUGGAUAUCACUGCAGACACAAUCUCACUUAUUGGAAGAACAAACCUUUCUAUGCAUUUGGCCUCGGCUCUGCUAGCUAUGUCGAUGGUGUGAGGUUUUCGAGACCAAAGAGGAUGAAAGAGUAUACGGGUUAUGUGGAGAAUUUGGAAAAUGGAUUGGUGGAUCGCUGUGAAAAUAAUCGUACUGCACAGGAUAUGGCCACGGAUGUUGUUAUGCUCUCUCUUAGAACUUCAAGAGGUCUGGAUUUGAAGUCUUUCGGAGAAGCAUAUGGCAGCUCUCUCGUUCUUUCUCUUUGCAAGGCCUAUAAACCUUAUGUUGAAAGUGGGCAUGUGGUUUUCUUGGAUGAACAGAGAAGGGCCAUCGCUGCAGAUGAAUUUGACGCCUUGCAAGUAAACAAGGAGGAGACUGAAAGAAGUCCUGCCUACAUUCGGCUUAGUGAUCCAGACGGUUUCCUUUUGUCGAAUGAAUUGAUAUCGCUUGCAUUUGCAGUUGUAGCUCCAUAAGUCAAGUGCAAUUCCAUGCACCUGCAGCAUCUGGUGGUAGAGUGAAACACAAACACUCAAGUAGCAGUUUCAUGGCAUCGUCCGAAGCUGAAUGUUUCGUAUUUUCUAUAUAGCAUAGCGUCUGUAGAGACAAUUAAACUCUUGCACCUUUCGUUGUCAUAGCCGAGGAGAAAAUGGUACAGCAGAGAAUCGUGCCCGGGACAUGCGUCGUUCAAAUGAUAAGCGACCAGCUGAGCAUAUUCAUCCACGCACUAAUCAUUAGAUCAUUUAAAGGUGACUCGUCGUAACAGUUGUAAUAAAAGAUCAUUCGCAAAGAGAAGCGAAGUACUUGUUCUCUUAUAAAUUAAGAAAAUCUUUGUUUGUUAGAAAAUCAAUGUUACACGGACC